UCUCUGGAGCAUCGUCUAGACAGCCCUGACAAAGGUCUGCGCUGCCCGUCCUUUAGUCCUGAGCCUGUAUCUGGUGGAGGCAGUGGAGGUCACAGCGAAAACAGUGGGGGUGGUAUGCGUGCAUCUUCUGCAGAAGGCUCUGCCCAAGGCUCUACCGAGGACCUGCUUUCAGAAACGAGACGUGUAGGCUCUCCUGAUGCACUGGACAGUGAGUGCAGUGAGGCCUACCAGCCGAUCACCUCCAGCGAUGAUGCUCUGGACGCGCCCUCUGGAUGUGGAUCCUCUUCUGAAUCAGAAGGAGGGCCACCGAGCCGGGAACAUUCCCGCAGGGGCAGCAGCGGGAACACCAGUGAGGUUUCCGUGGCCUGCCUGACUGAGCGCAUCCAUCAAAUGGAGGAAAACCAGCACAGCACAGCAGAAGAACUCCAGGCCACUCUGCAGGAGCUUGCUGACCUGCAGCAGAUCACGCAAGAGCUGACCACAGAGAAUGAACGCCUUGGUGAGGAGCGUGCCAUUCUGGUUGACUCCCUCUGUCAACAAGAGGAGCGUCUGGAACUGUACGGAAGACAGCUGGACUACUUCCGAGGCCUGCUUGAUGAGCAUCGGGUGGCCUACGCCAAGGAUGAUGAAGAUGCCAAAAGCAGCCGAUACGUGGAGCUGGAAAGGCGCUAUGCCGAGCUGAACGAGGGCUCGCAUUUUGAGCGGGAGCAGCUGCUGGGCAUUCAGCAACAGCUAAGCAGUGCACUCAAGAUGGCAGAACAGGAGAAUGCAGAAGCCCAAGGCCUGAUGGCGGCAUUGAAGGAGCGUGUCCAUGUGGCGGAGAGAGCUGUGGAA